GUAAGUUAUUCUCUUUAAUUAUUUUCUUUUUCUUUUUCCUUCCAAACUGUUGGAGAAGGUCAGAAAGUACGAAAUACCUACCAGGCGGCCGGGGAACCCAGUUGGCCAGUACCCAGGCCUGUCCUCCAGUCCUUCUGCACAGCGCCGUCCGCCGCCGACGUGGACCUCAGCUCUCUUAUCCGACAACCCUUGACAACCACCUUCAACAUAUCUCUGCUGCGCACCGCCCUUCUCUGCCGAUGAGUUGCUCUGUUUUCUUCUCUAACAAGGUCCUGGCAAAUUAGAAAUCAUAGCUGCUGCUUCCUCACUCAUUCAUUUACCUGUCUCUUAUCUGGAAAGAAGCUAGAACACGAGCCCUGGUGAGCUGAUUUCAAGAUGGGUCAAGUUCAAAGUGAUGUUGCUGCUGCAAAUCAAGCCCAGCAGGAAUCCUCAUCAUCUCUGAGUCACAAUUCUCAACCAUCUACCAUGGAAUCUCUUAUUGCAGAAGCUGUAGCAUAUGGCAAUGAAGGGAAUGAGUCUCUUGAUGUUAUGGCUGAGAAGGCAUUACAAUGCCCCUGCAUAUCUGACUUGCGGAAUGGGCCAUGUGGGAACCAGUUUUCAGAUGCUUUCGUUUGUUUUCUUAAGAGCACUGCUGAAGAAAAGGGUUCAGAUUGCGUGCAUCCAUUUGUGGCAUUGCAGAGCUGCAUAAAAGCCCACCCUGGUGCAUUUUCUAAGGAUGUUUUAGACAAUGAGGAAGUCGAGAAAGAGGAAGAGCCAAAGCAGGAAUACAAAAUCAUCCCUCCCAUAUGGUCCACAGAGUCGCAGAGUCCCAAGUCCAAGCUUUAGGUUGAAACUUUUCCUACAUUCCAAUGUGGAAGAUAAAAGUCUUGGUAGGAACUAUAAAAGUUGGAGCUUAUUUGGUUGAAAAGAAAAAGACUAGAAUUUAAUUGUUGGAAGAUAAAGGAAGAUACAGAACAGGGUGCACUAACAUUUUCCUCGAUCUAACAUUGCGAUUGGCAUGCAGUGUGAAAGAAAUGGGGAAAAAAAUAAGGCAGGACUGCAGGAGUGGUUCUGUAAGAAGCCUCCCAGUACCUUGUGCGGUGCUUUUGGUGCAUAUUGUAUUUUGCCUACAACUACGAUUUGUGAGUUGCACGUACAGAAACACCAGAUGAGAUGAGAAAUUUUUUUGGUA